AUGGGUGUGCUGGGAAACAUCGUGGAUGCACUGGGCUUUAAGGAGAAGUGCACCACGCUGAACACUGUGAAGGUGAGGGUUAAGAUGGACUGUGAAGGCUGUGAGAAAAAGGUGUAUAGGGUGCUCAAUUUCCAUUAAAGGUUCGCUCCUUCUCAGCUCUCUCUCUCCCCCUCCCUCCCUCUCUUCUUUCGCUGCCAUACCCGUUCAUAAUCUUCUCACCUGCAGCCUUCCUCCUCUCUCUCUCUCUCUCUCUCUAUCUAUCUAUCUAUCUAUCUAUCUCUAUCUCUCUCUGAACUGGGUAGCGGGGUUUUCCACAGGAGUCCACUCGGUGGUCGUGAACCGGAAGGGUCAGUGGGCGGAGGUGACGGGAUACGUGGAGGCAGAGGAGGUGUUGAGGAAAUUGAAGUUCUCCGGGAAGAAGGCGGAGAUCUGGCCCUUCGUCCCCGCCAAUCUCGUCCCCUACCCCUACGCCCCCGGCGCCUACGACCGCAAGGCCCCCCCCGGCUUCGUGCGCAACACCAACGCCGCCUUCCUCCCCGGCCCCGUCUACAAGCAAAGCCAGGCUAUCUCCGCCGCCUUCAGCGACGAAAACCCCAACGCCUGCUCCAUCAUGUAA